GCGAAAAAGUGUACGACGACUAUAUUGACAAGAAUUGGAUACACACAUGCAUGUGUCUGACCACGUGAUCAUUUUAUUUCGUUUACGAGGAUUCAAAAUCGAAUUACCCGAUUAUCGUCAACCAUGAGUUUAAUGUUUUCAUCAUAUCGUAAAACAAAAAAAGGUUCAAUCGUAAAAGUAGUGCGAGAAUGUUAUCUGCGUGAUGAUAUUCAUUGUGGUCGUGAAUCAUGCACGCAAUGUAAAAAAUUUAAAUUGGAUAACGAUGAACAAUUUGCGCCAUCAUCAGGAUAUCUCGUGGAUAAUGCUCGUCUGUCAUUGAAUAAACUUUAUCCAAAACAAGCACAUUAUAUUGUUCCUGAUUUCAACACCGUAACGAAUCAAAUCGAUGUCAUUGCUGACCCAACAUUUGGUAAUGAUGUGAUUAUUUUGCAAACGAUUUGGAAACGAAUUAAAUCCAAUAUAAACGUGUAUUCAAAACUGAAAGAACUGAUCUCUUCACGAAGAUUUUAUCUAUUUGAUAAUGAAUUUUUUCGUCAAACAUUCAGAUGUCGAAAUUCGAAUGAAACAAUUGAUGAAUAUCGUGAAAAUCUAUGUCGUGAAGCAUGCGAAUGGCUACAAAAACAUUUCACCACUAUUCAUAUCAUCUAUCUGAUUGAUUCGAUUGAUAAUGAAAAUGUCAAAUCAUCAGAUGAAUGUCAUUUUCGUAUUCAUUCCAUUGCGGAUUAUGUGCAAAAUUUUCACAAUCCAAUCAAUCUAAUGGAUAAAUUAUCGGCCAAUGUACAGCAGAAUGAAGAUGGUGGAAAUAAAACACAGAAAAAUGAUUUUCUUUAUGAUGAACAUCUCCCUUUGCAUCAAGUAUUACCUAAGAUUAAAUCUGGACAAUUACACAAAGGAUGUUAUCAUUCAAAUCGUUAUAAUUUUCUUGAAGGAACCGUUACCGUAAUGUGUGAUGGUGAAGAAAUGAAUGUCCAUAUUGAAGGUCGUGCGAAUAUUAAUCGAGCAAUCAAUGAAGAUAUUGUUGCCAUAGAGAUUCUACCACGUUCGGAAUGGAAAUCAAAGAUUCAUGACACAAUUUUGGAUGAAGAAUUAAUUGGCGACGAUGAUGGCGAAGAUGAAUCGAUGAUUGUCAAACCACCACAGCAACUAGAAGAAAAAAAUGAUCAAAAAACAACAAUGAAACCGAAACCAUUUGGCCGUAUUGUAGCCAUUAUCCGUCGGAAUUGGCGUAGUUUUUGCGGUGUUAUACGCGAACCGAAAAUCCUGACGUCAACUUCGUCGAAUUUUCUUUUCGUGCCAGUUGAUAAACGUAUUCCAUUCAUACGGAUUGAAACAAGACAAUAUCAACAAAUUUGUGGAAAAAAAAUCCUGGUACGAAUCGAUUGUUGGCCACGAGAUUCACGUUAUCCACGAGGUCAUUAUAGCCGCGUAAUUGGUGAAUCAGGUGAUAAAGAAACUGAAACUAAUGUUUUGCUAUUAGAACAUCUUAUACCACACAUGGAAUUCUCAGCACAAGUAUUGAAUUGUUUACCUGUGGAAGGUGAUAAAUGGCAACCUAGAAUUGAUGAUUUGUCUAAUCGAUCAGAUUUUCGUCAGGAAUGUGUUGUAUCGGUGGACCCGCCUGGUUGUACUGAUAUUGAUGAUGCAUUACAUUGUAAAGAUUUGGGCAAUAAUCAACUAGAAGUUGGUGUACAUAUUGCUGAUGUUACACAUUUCAUUCGACCUGGUUCGGCUAUUGAUCGUGAGGCCGCUGAACGUGGUACCACCGUUUACCUGGCCGAUCGUCGUAUCGAUAUGGUUCCCGGAUUACUUAGUUCAAAUCUUUGUUCAUUAAUUUGUGGCCGUGAACGAUUAUCGUUCAGUUGCGUUUGGAAAAUCAAUUCAAAAACCGGAGAAAUUUAUCAAACUAAAUUUUCAAAAUCCAUCAUACAAUCACGUGCAUCAUUAACAUAUGCAGAAGCACAAACACGUAUUGAUGAUCCUGAAGAUCAAGGAGAAAUUGCUCAAAGUUUACGACGAUUGAAUAGUUUGGCUAAAAUUUUACGAGCAAAACGUAUUGAAAAAGGAGCCCUUGUAUUGGCUAGUGCGAAUGAAAUACGAUUCGUGGAGGUUGAAUCAGAGACGGCUGAAAAUGAAUUAGUGAUACUGGAAAAACAAGCCCUGGAAACAAAUUCAAUGAUUGAAGAAUUUAUGUUGUUGGCAAAUAUUUCUGUAGCUGAAAAAAUUUAUGAAAUAUUUCCUGAACUUGCCGUACUACGUCGGCAUCCAAAACCAGCACAAUCAAAUUUCGAAGAAUUGAUUGUUGCAGCUCGAAAUCGUGGAUUCGAUAUUAAUGUUAGUGAUGGAAAAAGUUUAUCCGCAAGUCUGAAUUCAAUCCAUGAUCCGUCGAAUGAACAUUUAAAUCUUCUUUUUCGAAUGAUAACGACAAGAUGUAUGAGUCAGGCGUUAUAUUUUUGUAGCGGUUCACUUGGUUCGGAUCCAAAUUUGACAUUUUUCCAUUAUGGUUUAGCAUCGGAAAUUUACACUCAUUUCACUUCGCCAAUUCGACGUUAUGCUGAUGUACUUGUACAUCGUUUGUUGAGUCAUGCAAUCGAUUUUGAACAACAACCACCAGAAUUUCUUUGUAAACGAAAAAUCACUGAUAUUUGUGAUCAUAUUAAUAUGCGUAAUAUGAAUGCCAGGCGUGCAAGUCGUUCAUCAAAUGAAUUACAUUCAUAUCUUUACGUUAGAAAUUCCAGGGAAAAAUGUUGCCAUGAAAAAGGCCAUGUUUUUACGAUAAAAAACAAUGCAUUGGUCAUAUUCAUUAUGCAUUUAUCGUUUGAAGUUGUCUAUAUGUUCGGUGAUGGUGAUCAAUCGAUGAAUGAUUGGCAAGUGGAUAAAGAUAAUGGCUUCGUAAUUCAUAAACCAUCCAAUGUUCGUAUUCGACAAUUUGAUCCAGUACAAGUGGAACUGACGGUAAAACCAUCGGCAUUAACAUCGAAUUUUAAAAAACAAAUUAUUGUACGAUUAAUUGAUCCAAAAAUUUUUUAAUUGAAUUGAAAUUAAAUUUUAUGAUACAAAUUCUUGUGUGUUUCUUCUUUUUGGUUUUUGUGGGUAAUUUUAAAAAAUCGAACGAUAUUUUUUCUUUCUUCUCAUUCUUCAUUAUUAUUGGUGAUGGCCGAUUCAUUCGAUUGUGGUUCCGAAUCAUCAUUUUCCGUUUCAAUUAGACUAGACCAGAA